AUACACGAAGAAGGACGCAAUUACUGAGAAAAUCGUAAAAGAUAAUCAAUAUAAAACGAAAAAUCCGAGUAGUGAUCAGGUUUAGGGAAGGGAGGGAUAGUAGUGGCUGUGGUGACUUGAAAGAAUGGCAGAAGACUCUUUUCGCCGAAAAACCAGAUCGGCUUCGAUUUGUGCUCCAGGAUUUUCCAGCAUGGAACAGAUGUUGGAAGCAAUGCCACCCUCGGGAGCUCGUGAGAGAGAAAGAGGAGAAAGAGACAGUGGAAGCGGAACGCCGGAUGGCAGUACACCUACGAGAAGACGGAGACCGGCUACAAGAUCCCAGAGCGCCCGUGUUUCCGGCGGAAAUAAAAGCAUCCGACGCCGAGCCGCUGCUCAAGCGGCCGCUCAUCAUCAUCACCAUCAUCAUGAGGGAGCUAGUAUGAAGUCAGCUCACUGUAGCAGCGAACCCAAACUGACCGAGAAUGACGUCAGUCCGGGGAUCAGAAGACGAGGGAGCCGAAGGGGACAAAGCAUGCACUAUUCGCAUCAGAGGAAGAGCAACGCCUUCCUGGAUGUGCCUGACGUCUCGUCUCAGAUGCCACCACGGGAGGAAGGCGAGGAUGAGGAUAGUUAUAGACUUCGUAGCUUCAGUCUCACCAGCAAAGGUGUUGUCAACAGAGGAGAUUCUUUUAGGAGAAGAAGAUCGAGGUCGAAUUCUUUGGCGCCUGCCGAUCAGCAGAAUGAGGAACGGCGAUUGCCGCCUAAGGAAGUAGCUUCGCAUACCGUUGCUAUGUUAGGUACAAGAGGAGUCGGAAAAACCGCCCUAAUCAGUCAAUUUAUGACCAGCGAAUGCAUAAAUGCCUACGAUAGACAGAGAGAUGUGCCAAGUGAGCAAUCCGUUUUCGUGAUGCUGAAUGGUGAAGAAAGCGAGCUUAAAUUCUUAAACAUCAUUAAUCUUAAAGCCGAAUUGGAAAAGAUGCCAUUGCCAGACGCCUUUGUCGUAAUGUAUUCAGUAAUCGACAAGGCGUCCUUUCAAAGGGCUGAAGAAUAUCUCGCUCGACUUCACGAUCAAGAUCUUCUUCGUGGUAGACCGGCUAUUCUGGUCGGGAACAAGGUCGAUUUGGUUCGUUCCAGAGUGGUUUCGCCCCAGGAUGGGAAAUGCUUGGCAUGUACUUAUCGUGCGAAGUUCAUCGAAGUGUCGGUGGGCAUCAAUCACAAUGUCGACGAGCUUCUCGUUGGCAUACUCAACCAGAUCCGUUUAAAGGUGGUCCAGAGUAACCAGGAAAAUCGAAACAGCGGUGGCAGUGAGGGUAGUGCUCAUUGGUACAAAUCUAGAGGCGUCGUGCGCGCCAGUAUGAAAGCCAGACAGAUGCUGACCUGGCUUUUCGGCAAAGAAGAUAGCAAAUUUAAAAAUUGCGAGAACCUCCACGUACUUUAA